GUAACCUUCUUGGUAUUGAGGCUCACACAAAGAGGACAGAUGGGAAGUUGUGCUGGAAAGGCAAAGUGACUUGGUCUCACCGUGCUAAAGCCAGGAUUAGAAUUUGGGACUAUUGGAUUUCCCACGUUCCUCCAGACCUCUGCAGCUGGAACAGGAAGUGUGUCCCGCCUGCACUAAGAGACUCCAGCUGCAGCACACCUGGACCGAGCUGGCCAUCCUUUGGGGCAGACUGGGGAAGGAGAGAGGGGAGCCCCUGGGCCACCCUGCAAACUGGAUAGGAAGGAAUCUGUCAAACUGCAGUCACGCCAGCCCGAGCUGCCUCUCUUUAUGUGGACACUGCGCUUCCCUGGGAUCGCCUGGCUCGUGCGUUUAAGAUGUCUGGGAAAGUUUUCCUGAUGUACCUGACAAUCUAUCCCGCCCUACAGAUAAGGACAGAAAGCAUGGAGGAGUAUGACUACGAUUACCUCAGUGUCAAUAAAACCUGGGUCCUGACCCCCAAGGCGCAGGAGACGGACGCCACACAAAUCCUCAACUCACUGCUGAAGAACUACGACAACAAACUGAGGCCCGACAUCGGCAUCAAGCCCACAUUCAUCGAUGUGGAUAUCUAUGUGAACAGCAUCGGGCCGGUCUCCGUCAUCCAGAUGGGAGGAGAGAAGGCAGAGAAAAAACUGCAGGAAUAUACCAUUGAUAUCUUCUUUGCUCAGACCUGGUAUGACCGGCGCCUUCGCUUUAACAGUACCCUCAAAGCCCUGACUCUGAACACUAACAUGGUGAGCCGCAUCUGGAUCCCAGACACCUUUUUCAGGAACUCCAAGCGGGCUGAUUCACACUGGAUAACUACACCCAACCAGCUGCUUAGGAUCUGGAAUGAUGGCAAGGUGCUCUACACGCUCCGGCUGACCAUAGAGGCGGAAUGUCUACUCCAGCUGCAGAAUUUUCCAAUGGACACGCACUCCUGCCCGCUGGUUUUCUCCAGUUAUGGCUACCCACGAGAGGAGAUUAUCUACCGCUGGAGGCGUUACUCCAUUGAAGUCUCAGACCAGCGCACAUGGAGACUUUAUCAGUUUGACUUCACAGGCCUGAGGAACACGUCAGAAGUUCUCAGGACAGGAGCUGGGGACUAUAUGGUCAUGACGGUUUCCUUUGAUCUGAGCAGGCGGAUGGGCUAUUUUGCCAUUCAGACCUAUAUCCCUUGCAUCCUGACCGUAGUUUUGUCCUGGGUUUCCUUCUGGAUCAAGAGAGACUCCACACCGGCCAGGACUUCUCUGGGUAUCACCACAGUGCUCACCAUGACCACCUUGAGUACCAUCUCCCGCAAGCACCUCCCGAGGGUUUCCUACAUCACCGCCAUGGACCUCUUUGUCUCGGUGUGCUUCAUCUUCGUUUUUGCCGCUCUCAUGGAGUACGCCACGCUCAACUACCUGGUGGGAAACAAGAAACCGCCGGAGCACAACAGCAAGAAACCCAGACUGCCACCUGCCAAUGCCCACGUGAUGCCCUCCUUCACCACCAUCAACAUCAACAACCUCAUGCACUGGCCUCCUGAGGUCGAGGAGGAGGAGGAGCCGGGUGCCCCUUGCCUAGAAGGGAAGGAAUGUGAGAGGUUUUUUUGCUGCAUCGAGGACUGUCAGACAGGGACUUGGCGGGAGGGCCGCAUCCGCAUUCACAUCUCCCGCCUGGACUCCUACUCCCGGGUUUUCUUCCCUACCGCCUUCCUACUCUUCAACAUCGUGUACUGGAUCGCCUAUCUCUAUCUCUAGCUGUUCCCCAAUCUGUGCUGAAAUAAACCAGAGGCCAACAAGAUUUGCAGAAAAGGAAAAAGAGAAACAGUGUUGCUUCUCAUUUUAGUCAUUCAUUUUUUUUUGACACUUGCCCAACCUUAACCCCUUCCUCCCCUUCUGAGUAGAACCAGUUGGGGAAAAAAUGCAUGGCCAAACUCUUUGAUGAAAACCAGGUUGUCAACACAUGGGAAAUUUUCUUGUGAAAAUUUCCAGUUUUCUGCAAAAGAACAUACCUGAAUGUUUUUUCAAUUUCCAAUGA